AUGUUGCCAACGAUGGAUCAGCUCGCCUAUUUCCUACAGGCUGUAGGCUACCACACUGUUACGGGCUACCCGUAUCUGAUAGUCCAUCUUCAUCUACUUGUCUCUGCUCUUUUCCCUAUUUACGCCGGUGCCCAUGCUUCGCUUUCUCGCCCGUCAUCCGCAGCCAAGCCAUCAAAGAAGACGAAGAAGCAAGAUGAUCAUGAUGACGGACCAGAUGAGCAAGGACUGACGAGGGAAGGGCUUGCUCCUAUUGAUGCUCUUCUUCUACCUUUGUUUGCCGGGGUUAGCCUUGCAAGUCUAUACUUUCUCAUCAAAUGGCUCGAUGAUCCAGCGAUACUGAACAAGAUUCUAAACUGGUAUUUCGCAGGCUUCGGAGUCUGGUCUUUGGCUCGAAUGAUCACGGACAGCAUGGGUAUCUUCACAUCGUUCGUUUUUCCCGAGACCUACGACAUGGACGGCAAAAUCUGGGAAAUUGAUGCCAAGCAGAGAAAAUCCAAGUCAAGGUCGUCCCCUUUGGUAGAUCGAAAUUCACCAGUGCCUGAACCAUCUUCCGUUCCGCCUUUGCCAUCUAAGGUCACAGAUGCUAUGUGGACCCUUCGGGAGCUACCGUCACGACAGCUUGACGUACGCGUCUACAUUCACAAGAUCGUGCAAGCACAAUUCAAGAUCGGUCCUCAGGGCGUCGCCAGCCUCUUCCUUGCAAUCGGUGCUCUGCUCUAUUUCAACCUCAUAGACAGGCCAUGGUGGCUGACAAAUCUUCUCGGGUUUGCCUUCGCCUACACCACUCUCCAGAUCAUGUCACCAACAACCUCCUGGACAGGCACGCUGAUACUGGUUGCUCUUUUCGUCUAUGACAUCUAUUUCGUCUUCUUCACGCCUCUCAUGGUCACCGUAGCUACUCAGCUCGAUAUUCCAGCCAAGCUCGUCUUUCCUCGGCCAAGGAGACCUACUGAAGACCCGACGAAACAAGCUUUGUUUAUGCUUGGGCUGGGAGACAUCAUUCUGCCUGGCAUGAUGAUUGGCUUUGCGUUGCGAUUUGAUCUCUAUCUCUUCUACUUGCGCAAGCAAACCCUACGGACCAUCGAACAUUCGAAGAGCACUGAGGACGCUGCAACUGACCCAGCGAGCAAGGAGGCCGUCGGUUCCGAGGUCACAAAGGCCACAUGGCAUCCUGCAAGAGGUGGCUGGGGCGAGCGCUUUUGGACUUCGAAGAACGACAUCCUCAGAUCAAAGCAAUUCCAAGGUGUCCUCUUCCCCAAAACGUAUUUCCACGCAAGCGUCAUCGGCUAUGUUGUCAGCUUGUUAUGCACCCUUGGCGUUAUGCAUAUUUACGGCCAAGCCCAACCUGCUCUACUGUACCUCGUCCCUGGUGUCCUGGGCUCCUUGUGGGGCACUGCUCUUGUCAAGGGCGACAUCAAGGCGCUGUGGGCAUUCGACGAAUCUGAAGACGACCAAGAGCACAAUUCGCCAAGCAAAGACGACAAGCAACAUAGCGCUUGGAAAUCAGACUCUUGGAUAGACGUUGACUGGAAGAGCUUGUUCUUUUCUCAGAGGACUUCGAACGAGUCCGGAAAGCCAAGCGAACCUGUCAAGGACAACGACGCUAGUGAUCCAAUCGGCAAGGAAUACGGAUCAAGCCAUGGCGGGUCUACGAGAACCCAAUCAGGUGACGAGCAUUCGCAAGAGUCCAAGAAUAGCAACGCCAGUGAUGAAGGUCGCAAAAAAGACGAGGCAAAGGGGGUCUUCGAUCGAGAACGCAACAGCGAGCUCAUCUUCAUCUCGGUCAACCUUCCCAAAGCGGCACCAGCGAGUUCUUCAAAAACCGCAUCGAAUCCAGAGCGGGCAACCUUGUCAGCACCUGUUGGGAAUAGGACUCGUGCGAAGGCGAAGAUCGAAGACAGCAACGACGAUAAGCUCGGAGAGACCUAUUGA